CUUGCGUGUGUGGACAUAACACGCUGCUAAUUCCCGGAUUACUUCCAAGAACAUGGUGUGGCUUUGGCUAACAUUGCUUUUUGCUGCAGAUUUACACGGACUCCGCAUUUUGGAUUUGGAUGUCCCCAGUGCUGUAGAAUGGGGCAAUCCAGUAUGGCUCAAUUGUUCAUUCGAUCUGGAGAGUGAGGACUUGUACUCGGUGAAGUGGUACAAAAACAGCGUUGAAUUUUAUCGCUACCUUCCUAAGGAAGAGCCUAAGGCGCACAAGUACGAACUGCCUGGUGUUUACGUUGAUCUGAAGAACUCUGGAGAGAACCAUGUAUCGUUAACUCACACAGACUUGGACUCGGAAGGAAUCUAUCGUUGUGAAAUAUCUGCUGAAGCUCCUUCUUUCCAAACUGAACGAGCUGAACGAGAACUAAAUAUUUAUGUCCUCCCGGACAAAAAUCCAGUGAUGAAAGGAAUCCAUGACGGUUACGGUCCAGGAGAUGUAGUUGAUGUUACGUGCAUCGCAGCGCCUUCUGAACCGGCCGCUCGACUCAAAUGGUACAUCGAUGAUAAAGAGGUACAAAAGUCUUAUCAAAAGAUUAUCCCUCCUUUGAAAAAAGGAAGCCUGUUUUUAUCCAGGCUAGCCCUUAACUUCGUUGUUAAACCAACUCUCAGAUGGCACAGUCCCACCCGUAUACGUUGUACUUCAAUGAUUAUUCAGGAGUACUCGAGGAGUGUGGAGGAAGUUUUCCUUAAGGGAGUGAAGUCAAUUAACCUCUAUCCAGCGAAAGGAGAGAUACACAUAUCUGGCUUAAAGUCAACUUACGAGUUUGGUGAUAAAAUUGACGUCAACUGUUCUUCGUCAACAUUUUCUAGUCCUCCUGUCCUGAGGUGGUACGUAAACGGAGAAGAGAUCAUGUCUGACCAGCUACUUUUCUAUCCAAUCGCUGAUUAUGAGGAUGGAUAUAAAACUGCUGUGUUAGGACUACGUUUUACAGUUAAAGAAAGUCAUUUUCGCAACGAACAAAUGCGGCUAAAUUGUACAGCUACGUUCUCUAUGAUCAUUGACAGAAGAGACGUGGAAACUGUAAUAGGACUCAGCCAGCAAUCUUCGGGACUACAGUUAUCCGAAAAAAAGAAGAAAGGAAUAAGUGGCAGUAGUGGAUUACAUAAACAUCCUUGGGAAUUCCUCAUUCUUCUCCUCAUGGUUUUGUGGCAUUCCUUUUAGUGUAAAACUAAUCCAGGUGUUAUACGGAAAUUAUAGGUGCUCUGGUAGCAUGUUGAGAAGAUAAAUAUUUAUUUCGUGUAUUUAUCAAAAGAAUUAUCAUAAGUAUAACCUUUUAAAGAAGUAAAAUGGAGUGAUCUUAAGUUGUCUUAUUUAAUUUUACGAUGUGAUGUCAUAAAAUAAUACUUUUUUUUCCCUUUAUUAUUAAGACAAAAAAUUAAGAACAACAUAAUCAGACAACUUGUGCGUCAGAUUACUGUGUUAAAAUUAUGUAUUGAUGUUCCGUGCACAAGACCUUUUUGAACACAUCGGUGAAAACGUUUUCAAUUUGAAAAUGAAGAAAACUCUAACUCUUUUUCUUCAGAAUAGCAGGGGAACUGUGUUACCGGUAAUUCAAGGAAAUAUCUGGUCUCUAUUCUGAUUUCAUCUCUUCAGUGUUCCCCAUAAAGAAUAUCCUAUAUGUUUGAAAUCAUACUUUUAAAUAAACCGAGAAAUGACGACGUUAUGCUUUUUUCUCAAAAAUUAAUCUAGUUCUUGAGACCUACUGACCUGAAAACACAUGACUGACUGUGAUAUUUCUACGUCCUUCCCUAUGUCUGUUGGUGUUGUUUACUUGAAUACACCAGCAAGAAGUAUCGCUCACAGGAAAAAAACAAACAGGAAAAUAUUAUUCAGGUUACGAUUAACAUAAGUAUCUUAUCAAAACGUACCAGUGCGAAAAGAUAACGUAGAUAGAAAUUUCAUGCAUUGUUUUCCUCCUACCUAAAUUUCCUCUAAUGUUAUACUGCCUACAAAAGAUGUUUUGCUUCCUAAGUAAGCCUUUAGACCAUAUUUUUCUAAUCUCUUUCCACGAACUAGAGUGUCUUUUUAUGUAAUAUCAUUCUGACCAAUACUUGCUAUAAAUAUUACUUGAAAAAUAUCCUAGUUUUUAAAACGAGGGUGGUAAAUUGUUAGUUAGUUGCAAUAAAGUUAUAUUGUGUGUAUGAAGAGUUAGGGUGGUGUAAUAAUUUAUUUCGUAUUGUGACUAAUAUCUCAAUAUAUGUCAUAUUCUGAAUAAAUAACAGUGUCAAGUAAAAACAUACAUAUAAGAUAAAAUAAGAUGAUCUGAAAAGCGUCCCUUUUUCUUCAAACUACACAAGUUGUAAUAUCUAACUUGUUAUGUCAAAUGCGAACGUUCGUGUUAUUUUGAAAACCUUGUAAAAUCCUCAAAAUUUUUAAAUACUAUAGGUGUUAUAAACUUUAAAGUGGCUGUUGUUUAUACAUAUUUUCUAUAUGAAUAAAGUACGUGAAUGUUAAAUGUAAAAGAAAACAAUAGUAGAGCCUUUGCUAACUAAUCUAAAUGUAAAACAGCAACAUUGUCUUUGAGCUUACGUGUAAUUUUGUUUCGUGUAAGUUCAUCUGUUGGAGGUUUUCAAAACAAAAACAAGUGAAUUGAUUGUUUCAUAACCCUAUAUGAUCUUCUCAAUAUUCUCAUUGUUUUUCGAGGUGUAUAAAAAUCUUAUAAAUUUGUAAGUUAAAUAUAAUAUGAUUUAUAUAAUACUGAGUAUCUGAUGUGUUUAAAACAGAAUUACACUUCCAUAUGAGAAGGCCUUACG